GCACUCUUUCGUUGCUUGUGACUCCCUAACAAAGCAGGAGUUUUAGUGUCCAUGCCAUUCUACUAACUAACCAACACCCAGGUCUUUUUUGUUUUUUUUGUAUACCGGUUUAGAGUCUCUUUUCUGCCAGGGUUCACCUCUGAAAUCCUUACAAGCAACUCAUCUAUUUGCAGCCAUGUUUGAGACCAGCAGUGAUGAUUUGUUCCUGCCUUCCUACCAAGAUAAGGAGCUGGUGGACAACCUGCUGUUCAGUGAAGAGUUGGAUGAAGAUUGUGGUGAUGGGCUCUCCCUGGCUAAGGCCCUGCUCCCCCUGGUGGAUUCUUCUUCUUCCCCUCCCCUCAUCCCUUUUGUCUGCUCCACCCGCUACAAGACUGAGCUCUGCACCAGCUACUCGUCUACUGGUUUCUGCAAGUAUGCCGAGCGCUGCCAGUUCGCCCACGGCCUCCAUGAGCUCCACGUUCCCUUCCGCCACCCAAAGUACAAGACCGAGUUGUGUCGCAGCUUCCACACAACCGGCUACUGCUACUACGGCAGCCGCUGCCUGUUUGUCCACAACUCCACUGAGCAGCGCCCCACCUUGCGCCGCCGCAGGAAUGUUCCUUGUCGCACCUUCUGCUCCUUUGGCGUUUGUCCCUUCGGCACCCGCUGUAACUUCCUGCAUGUCGAGGGUAGAGAUGUCGGCAAUGGUCUGGAGUUGCCUGAUGUCGAGAAGACUCUGCCUGUUUCCAGCCCCCAGCUCUACCCACAGACCAAGGAGUGGAAGCCACGUGGAGCUCUGUGCCGCACCUUCAGCUCCUUUGGGUUCUGCCUGUACGGCACACGCUGCCGCUUCCAGCAUGGCCUCCCCAACAAGAUCAAAACAUCCGCGCAGACCCAAGGAGGUUCCUUUUACUCUCGGCUGUCCCCUGGCAGUUCAGGUUUAGCUUCCCCCUCCCUCGUCCCCUUCUCACCAAUCCCUUCCACCUCCUCUUCUCCUCCAUCAGCCUCCUCUCUCACAACUCCGUCUGCAGAGGCCACAGCCCACAACGCCUUCACCUUCUCCAGUCAACACCUAAGCGACCUGCUUCUCCCACUGGCCCUCCACCUGCAGCAGCUGGAGACCAGCAAGGCCCAGCAGAUCUGGGACAACAGGGCGCUCUAACUGGAUGCGGUCGUAGUUAGAAACCAGCACCAGCACUGAACACCACAGCUCUAUUUAAAUCUACUAUUACACUUUUUUUAAUGCACUCCUUUACCUAGGGUGUUUGCUUUUAUAUAUAUUUUUUAAUUUAGGUUGUUGACUUGAGAGCUUGUUUUGGCAGGACUUGAACUGUUAACUUUCAGAUCCAUUAGUCUGCUGAGUUAAUGCUAUGAGUGUACUUUUUUAAAACUAUUGUAAAUACUUAAUGAACUGAGUAAAUGAAAUGGCUGACCUCAGAAUCAUGAAUAAACAAAUUUUAAUCUAA